CAUAUAGCAAUGAUAGUCCACAACCAAAACGUGUCAGGCUUGUGCCAGAAAAGACAGCAGCACCGGUACAGGUCCCGCAAACCACUGGCUCCGUCGUGGAGGCUUUCAGCACUCGUACUAAUCCAGUAGACGCCACCCGCAACACAGCGACACCUGGGGCAUCUGUAUCGAACCCGAGCGGCAUGCAGGGGGUUGUACAACCCUCAGUUGCACCCCAUCACGAUGAGUUUGCACCACUCGCGGCCGUCCCGGGAACUGGCACUCGUCCUCCGAUUUCCACGACUCCGUCUCGUGCACCGGGACCAAACGGUGCUCAAGGGGCUGCAGGGCCAACGGUUGAACAGGUACCCUACAAUGUCACCUUGACCCCCAAGCCAUCAUUCGUAUCACGUCCCUCGAACCAGUCGCCAGAUCCUCGUGAAGUCGGGUCCAGCACCAAGACGCGGCCGCCUGCUUCGGUGAUUGCAAAGGAGCCUAUAGCGGGGGACAUAGUCGGCCGCGCAGGCAGCCACCCAACGAACACUGGGACUAGCAACCCAGCUCCCCAGAUCCCCGCAGACUCGCCGCCUGUCCUCCAUUCCAUAGACCCUGAUGUGCGCCGCUACCUCGAGUCGCUCGGGUUCUCGCCGGAGGUAUACGCGAGCAAGCUGGAGAUCGUCGGGCUGAAGAACGGAGCCAUGAUUAAUGCUACGAAGAGAUUCGUCUCGGAGGCUCGCAAGGACAAGCUAGAGGAGGAUCUCCAAAUACUUGCGGGACUCAGCGUUGUUGAGUCCAUGGUGCUCAUCUCAGGGCUAAGGCGAUAAAGCGGUGCUCGAGAGCAUUGAAUACUCCUUGGGUAGGUUUUUGGGCUAGGACGUACUCGAGCGUCCGGAAAGUACUUUUUAUUUAUUUACUGUGGACUGCCAGUGUACGAGUGUCGAUAGCUGUCAAGGUUCAUGGAU